GCCCUGCCCGCGGAGCCCACGGAGACGCGGCCCCGGCGGGCCAAGGGAAACGUCUGGCGGCGCCGCCCUCGGGAUGCGAGAGGCUUCUGAAGGCUAACACGAUGACUGCUUUGGACGAUAAACUGCUUGGUGAGAAGCUGCAGUAUUAUUACAGCAGCAGUGAGGGCGAGGAUGAAGACAGCGAGAAAGAAGACAAAGAUGGGGAGAGCACCCUUCCCGAAAGCGCUGGCGAAGUAGAGCUCAGCAGCGAUGGCAGUGCUGUCAACACAGGUCCAAAAGGAGUCAUCAAUGAUUGGCGAAGAUUUAAACAAUUGGAGACAGAACAGCGACAGGAGCAGCGCAGAGAAAUGGAACGCCUCAUAAAGAAGUUGUCUAUGACAUGUAGAUCUCACUUGGAUGAAGARGCUGAUAAGCAGAAGCAGAAGGAGCUUCAGGAAAAAAUCAAUGGAAAGAUGACAUUGCAAGAAUAUAAUAUGAUUCACAAUGGUGAAGAUGAUGAGGAAUUUUUACAGCGAUACAGGAAGCAGCGUAUGGAGGAGAUGAGGCAGCAGUUAUACAGCGGGCAGCAGUUUAAACAGGUUUUUGAAAUUACUAGUGGGGAAGCAUUUUUGGACACGGUUGAUAAAGAACAUAAGACCACACUGAUCAUGAUCCAUAUUUAUGAAGAUGAUAUCCCUGGUACUGAGUCUCUCAACGGCUGUAUGAUCUGCCUGGCAGCUGAGUACCCAACAGUUAAAUUUUGCCGAGUGAAGAGCUCGCUCAUUGGCGCCAGCGCUCGCUUUACCAGUAACGCUCUGCCUGCUCUGCUCGUCUACAAGGCAGGUGAACUCAUCGGCAACUUCGUGCGAAUCACUGACCAGCUCGGAGAAGAUUUUUUUGCUGUAGACCUGGAGGCUUUUUUGCAGGAGUGUGGUCUGCUUCCAGAGAAAGACCUGGUGCUUCUGACUUCUAUACAUAAUCCGUCUGCGUGUUACAGUGAAGACAGUGAUCUGGAAAUAGACUGAACCGGUUAUACCAGGGGACCAGGAGGUUUAGCUGUACUGUGGGUUGUUCUUGUGUUAUAAGUUUUCUUUCUUUGUGUUGAUAACGUUUUUUUCCCCUCCAUGCACUUUGACUUUUGCUCGUUAAAACUUUGUUAAGGUUAAUACAAGGAUUUCCUCAUGUUUUCCUAAAUUACUUUAAUAAAGUGUGCACUAAAAAUGUCUAGCUCUUGUGUAAUCCAAAUGUAUUUUACUAAAAUUAUAUUCAAUAAAUGUAAUGAACUGUGUAUUAUAUUGUCACCUCUGUGCUCCAAAUCCCUUAGAUUUUCUAAGCCUUUUUCUGUCAGAUCACCUGUGUGUAGUCAGUCUCCUUACAGGUUUGCUGAAUACCAGUUGAGAUCAGGAUGUGGUACCUACCUACUCGCUAAGACAAGGAUUGAGACCAAUCCUUGAAGAAGCUCUUAAGCAUUCAGGACUUCUGCUAAUCUGGACCUGACCUGCUGCCAGUGUGUUCAGAAUACAAGAUCCCAUCUUGCAUUCCCUGAUUUAUAAGCUCCUCCUUGGCAGCAGCAUUGCUGCAACUAUUGUUAUUUUUGUUCCUUUCUCACUUAAAAUAACCACAGCUUCUGACUUCAUCCUAAAAAUUACUUUAUUAUUUUCAGCUGGAGAGGGUUCCGCUUUCRUUUAUAUUAUCUGAGACCUAAAUGAGGAAAAUGUUUUUUCAAUUACAGUUCUUAAUACUGGGCUUUUAAAAUACCCUUCCAUGGAGUUGAUAGUGCUAACUUGAGCAGAAAGUGAUUUCUGCCUCUUAAGAGGGAGACYAGCAGCCUGUGAGGAGCUCUGACAUGGUGCUCUGCAUAGCAUCCACGAGUAUUUUG